AUCAUACCAACCGGCUGCCAUGUUUUUAGAGACAAAUUUUAACAGGUUCAAAAACUCCAAUAAGCGAUUAGAGCGCCAUGGCAACAUCAUCAGAUCCCUAUGACAGGGCACAAGAUGUAAAACGCUGUCAACUUUGCCCUUGGAAAGACAGAAAGUCGGCUGCUGAAACUGUCUGUAAAACAUGUCAAGUCGAUCUCUGUAAGGACUGCGUAGGUCACCAUAUGAUCUCAAAUCCCACCAUUAGACAUGAUGUCGUUACCUAUGAGUUCAAAAAAUCUGAAGUCAUCCCGCCACAAUGUAGUGUCCAUAAUGAAAAUCAAUGUGAAAUGUUUUGUGAAGAAUGUGAAUUCCCAAUAUGUAAAAAAUGUCUAGCCUCUGGAUCACAUGAAAAUCACAGUGUGCCCCAUAUAGCUGAAAUUUGUAGCUCUAGGCAUCAACUUAUCAGAAAAGACUUAAAUGAACUUGAAACUAUAAUUGCACCUCUUUAUGAAUCGAUACUUUCUGAAAUGAAAGAGAUGUUAACAAGCAUUAAACAGAAACAUGAAGAAAGAAAAAGAGCCAUUGAUGAAAUUGGUCAAACAUGGCACAAGCUAGUAGACAAAGUUAUUAAAAAAUAUCAGAGUGAUGCAACAAAAAUUGAAAGAGAUGAUGUUAAUGAAAUUAAGACCCUGGAAUCAGAUUUCAAGAAAUGCUUCUUAUCAAUUCAUUUGAAAAUGAAUGAAAACAAAUCCGUCCUUGCCUCGAAUGAUCCAUCUAAACUUGUCAAUUACACUUCACAAAAUGAAAGUUUCAGAACUAUUCCUUUCAGAUUUAAACUUACAGUGCCAGAUUUCACUCCCAAUGAACUUACAGAGCAAGCAUUCUGUCAGAUAAUUGGAUACAUUCCAGAAACAAAGAAAACCAACAUUCAUGGACAAGUCCUACAAGCUUCCAAAUCCAAGUCCAGAUCAGAAAAAGCUGUUAAGAAGUUUCUUGAUUUACCACUUACAAUUGGAGAUAUAAAUACUGAUGAAAAAAUUUCUCAUGUAGCUUGUAUUCCUCACACAGAUCACUUCUUUGUCAGUGGCCUCAGUGGAAUCAUAAAAGAGAUGAACAAAGUGGGGGAAGUGCUGAAGAUCGCAAAGAAUAUUGACCCGCAUGCUUUGACAGUCACCAGAGAGGGACAUCUAGUGUAUAUUGAAAAGAUGACGAAUGAAAUUAACAUGCUGGUGGGUGAUAAGACAAAAUGUCUCCUCAAAGUAAAGGACUGGAUGCCAAAUGCUAUCUGCAGCACCUCUACUGAUGACCUCUUGGUACUUAUGACAUCGAAAUUUUCCGAUAUGUUAACAUCAGUCUCCAGAAAAGUUGUCCGUUAUGCUGGUUCUACGGUCACACAAGAAAUUGAAAUAAGUGAUUUAUCACUAGUAGACAUUUCAUUUUUUUUAUUUUUUGUGCCCCAUAUUGAUGAAAACAAGAACCUUGACAUUGUACUGAAUGAGCCAGAUUCAGUUUUAGUGUUGAGCAAUGAAGGACAUUUUAAGUUCAACUACAGCGGAAUGAAAUACAAAAACUUUACUCCACGUGGUAUUACCACAGAUAGAAUGUGUCACAUUCUGAUUGCUGACUUCCCUAAUAACAUUAUACACAUCAUUGAUCAGAACGGACAAUUCCUUCUGUACAUAGACAAAUGUGAAUUAUACAAACCAUUUUGUCUCAGUAUAGACAGCAAUGACAUAUUGUAUGUUGCUGAAACCCAAAGAGUGAAACGAAUUCAGUAUAUGGAAUAAAUUAUCAAUGUGUUUAUUCAACCAAUGAACUGAAGUGAAAAAAAAACAAUUAUAAACCUUAAAGAAGGAAAUACUAGGAAAGUAAUUCUCCAGGAAAUCUAUGAGUACUUGGGGGAUACAAUAUUUACUGAAUCUAGAGUGAAGUUCCCCGUAGCAAGAUCGAUUUAACUUAUUAGCUCACGUGAGCCGAAGGCUCACGUGAGCUUUUCUG